UACAAGACCCAGGCGCAGGAGAAUGAAACCAUUCUCAGCCUUUGCUCUUGUCUCCUUUUGCUUCCUCUCCACGCUGGCUGUUGAAGUGUCUAAAAAUUAUAUAGAGCCACUCUGUGGGAGGAUCCAUUUAGAUACAAAAUGCCCCACCAAGUAUGAACCAGUGUGUGGUACGGAUGGGAUCACCCAUAACAACGAAUGCUUUCUUUGCCUCAAAAUCCGGACAACCACACCUCAGGUCAAAAUUCAGAAGUUUGAAGAAUGUUGAACUGGGUUUUACAGGAAUCUCAAUCUCUCAGAUGAACACUGAACUGACUGCCAUUCUUGCCAAUUCUAAUUGAGACUGACUGAUUUACUCUUCAUCAUGUAUGGGAAAAGUUAAAUAUUGACAAGUUCAGCAUUCUAUGAAAAGGAAAAUUCCUGACCUAUAGUCUUCAAGUUUUAAUAUUAAAUGUAAUUUAAUAGAACUUGACAGUACAGACUUCCCUCAAUCUGUGCCUUGUUGCUAUUACAUUCUUACCUCUGAAUCAGAAUGUUGUAGAUUUUAUUUCCUACCUCGGAGACUUGAGCAAAAUCAUUUGGGUGCUUUUGUGAUUGCACAACAGAACCAUCAGCUGACAAUGGUUUCCAGUUUUCUCAGAAAGAUGAUUACACUAUUCUGUGGCCAGAAUUUAUUCUUCAACCAACAUCACAACAUCUGAUUACCUGAUACUGCAAUUUGGGGAUUGUGCUGUCUGAAAAUUGGC